AUGACUGCGAUCCAACGUCGAGGAAAAGUCUACCAAUGCAGUAAUCCACCCUCCCAGUUUUUCUCGGCAUCACAGAGUCUCCGGCACGGAAACCGACUUCGAGAUUCAGACUCCCUCUCACCGUCAUACGAUAAUCUCGAUUCGUCAGGGUCUAUGCAAAGUGAUGACAGAAACAUAUACAACGCCAGCAGAGUCCACACCCCGAUUGAAUCCCACUCUCGCUUCGACGCCUCUCUUACUCACCAAAAUCCCGCCCACGAACAAGGUCUGGCAGAGAACAUGGCUAUGUUCGUUCCAACGGGUUCACAAGACGGCCCUUGCCCCUCGGGCGAUCCAACAAAGCGAGGGAGACCAGCGCGGAUAGCAAAGAGAAUAGGACAUCGGUCGAAAAUGUUAUCGGAGCAAUAUGGGCAGACUCCACGCCGGUUCAAGCCGUCGUUGAAUGAAUCUACCACACAGCGAGCCUCAACUUCUCGCCGGUCACAUCGUAAGGCUGUUUCACUCGGGGCGAAUGACAACCACUCUCACAGACCACGGUGGCCGGCGAAUAUGGGUGUUGCGGUGGCACCUGCUCAACCUCGAUACCCUCCACCGGAAAGAUCGCCUACACCUCCUGGUCUUCCGUCGUUCGGUACCCCCGAGGCCAUGUGUUACUCUGCCCGGUUCAUGGCCCGAGAGAAUAGUCCACGCUUGGGUAGAGAUGCUGGGUAUGGGGAUGAACGGACCAGUUCUUACAUUGACAGCCUGAGACGAUUCUUCGGUUUAUCUCCUCCGACGUCGCGAAUCAAUCAGCAUUCUGUCGUUGGAAUUGGAAGAGCUGAAGACGGAACCCUUGUGCAAGGUCGGUUUCCGUAUCGACAGAGUGGCCAUGGAAUGAAUGUCGCGCGCCAAUUGAAUGAACAUCCGUUUCAUGAGCGCUUUCUUCCUGUUGCGAGUCCUGCUGCUGUUUAUCAAGGUCACGAGGCUGAUAUUGAGGCUGCGUAUGUGAAGGAGACUUCUCGUCGCUCUAGCAGACCUGUUCAGGCUCGUUCUUCGCACAGACGCCGACUAUUAUCUCGCGGUGCUCCUCUUCCUUCGGACCCACCUCCUCUUACGAUCCGUCGACCGGGGCAGCCUAGACCCUCCGCACUUCUUCGACUGCCACAGAAUCUGUAUGGUCUGGAUGGAUCACCCAGAAGUGCUACAUCUGCAGUGCCAGUUGAAAUUUCCGUCCUUGAGACAAGGGUAAUCGGAGAUCAUCAACCAUCAAACCCCUCACAUCUCCAAUCCGUCCUCAUAAUGGCCGUCCGAGGUGGCGGGGACGACGAACCGAAUGCUGGCAUUUCGACAUGCUCAAAUGCCCUGUCUUGGGUCAAAGCCCAAAUAUGUCAAAGCUGCUGUCUGGGCAGCACUGAUAACGAGGAAGCGAAUGAGACUCUCGACGUGGUGAGUUAUCGAAAUACAUAUGCCACUGCUCGGAGCCAGGUCUCGCCUGUGGAAUUUCAGAAUGAACCAGAACCACCCGAGGGAGAUGAACGGACUGGAUUCCACGGUCUACAGUCUUGGGUCUCUUCCUUGUAUGGUAUUAUGUUCCCUACUCUUGUUAACCCUGCCGUUGUAUAG